AUGAGCAAGGAUACUACUGGAGAACUCUACUUUUUUAGUAAAACAACUGACGGCUCUCCUCCCUGGAUUGAUGGAAAUCCUGCAUUAGGUUGGACAGGGUCAAAUUUCGUACGAACACCAACUCGUAUCAAAAUUCAUGAUUUGCGAGGCAAGGAAAAUACUGUGGAUCUUGAUACACAUGGCUUUGAAAUACUCAAGUAUGACGGUAAUGUACAUGAUGAAUUUGAUGACAACAGUGAGUCGCAACGACAUUGUUAUGAUGACAUUGUUGCUAUACUCAAAAAACAUCUCGGUGCGUCCCGUGUAAUCAUCUGCAAUCAUAUAUUUCGUUACCGAUCGACACCACGAGCUACUGAGCGGUGUGAUGAAAGUCACAAGAAUCCCGUCUUCUAUCCUCAUGUGGAUUAUGAUCCACCUGCAGCUCGCUUAAAAGUAGAACAAGUACUCGGUGUCGAAGAAGCCAACCAAUUGCAAGAGAAACACAUUCAAAUUGUUAACGUUUGGCGACCUAUAGGUCCUAAUCCUAUAAUGAACACUCCUCUGACUAUUUGCGAUUAUCGAUCGCUGGAUAUCAAAAAUGAUAUUCAUUUGGCAGGGGCGCGAGGAUCAACAAGCACCGUCAGCGUCUACAUAGUCUCACACAACUCCCAAGAUGCCCAAAGGUGGCAUUAUCUGAGCCAAAUGCGGUCAGAUGAAAUGUUUGUCUUCAAAAACUACGAUAGCAAUUCGGAAGGCGCACAAUUCGGCGCUCAUACAGCAUUUAUCGAUGAACAACUACCUACAAUUGAUACUGAACAGAAAAGCAUUGAAAUGCGCUGUAUUGUGAUUUAUGAUUAA